AUGGCUCACUCCCUACCGACUCCGUUUACGCCGGACAGCGACUUUGCCUCCCUUGAGACCCCGCGCGGGGGACGUGGCAGUCUGUCCAUCACGGCUCUGGCCCGCUUCGAAUUCGAGGCAGGCAAGGGCAAUGAUGGGACCAAGAUUCUGAUGGUCGAAUGGGAAGAUGAUGACUGGAGUCGGUCUUCAUGUCCUCCCGGUGGCUCAUGGAACGUGGAAUGGGAGGGCAAGAAAGCGGUUCUUCCAGCGGACGAAAAGACCAGCAACAAUACACGACGAUUGUACUUUUUGCUACUUCCGCAUGUCACAAUCCCGCCUGCGGUAACCCUAUCCUACAAUCCGCCGGCGUCCUCCGCGUCCUCCGAGAAACCGAACCCUAUACAAUUGAAUCCGCUCCCAGCUAUCUUUCCGCCAGAGCUCGGGGCAGACGGUCGAUCCGCUGGCAAGAAGGGGGUAUUGCACACCAUCUGGGCGAAGAAACGGGUACAGGUGCUGGAGAAGGAGAUCCGUGAGGAAUCGCUGAACAACGUGGAGGGGAUUGCCUUCCACAUGGCGUUACAAGAAAAGGAGUGGAUUGAGACCAAUUUCGGACUGGGGCCCGAUGCGCACAAAAAUUCCAUUCAGAACCAGGACCCGAACUAUCCAAUGGGACCUGCGACACCUGUAUCGCCCAAUGCUGGGGGGAAGCUCGGGGAAAAGCUGCGGGGUCUCAAGCUGCAGACAGGCCAGCGCGAGCUGUCCACAGCAGAAGGUACUUGGCACACAUGCGCACUCUAUAUUUGUAACUUGGCUGACCGAUCAGGAUCGCAUCUACUUUCCCCACAAUCCCCCGACGUCGCCGUCUCCUCGUUCAAUUCAUUUCACAGCUUUCAGAAACCUGCGCCGCGCUCCAACCCAACCUCAAAUCCCAGCCUAGAUUCCGUGAAGACGGUAGCUCACUAUCCUCCGGAGUCGCUCCAGGCGCAGCAGAACAUGGGCUUCAACAGCGGCUUCUCCUCGAUGGGCACAAUUGCGCCCAGCAUGGGAUCAAGCUCUGAUUCCGGUGAAGAUCUCUUCGCGAAGGCAUUGAGUCCGAGAUCACCGGACCUCCCACGGAGUCCUUUCUCAUUCAGCCCCGAAAGCCUGCAUAUGUGA